AUGGCGCUAGGACGAUGGUUCGACUUCACAGAUGCCUCGAUGAAAGGCGACAAGCGGUGGUCGGAUGCCGCGAGAUGGACCGGCUAUGCCGCCUACGUCGUCAUGACAUUGCUGGUUCUGAGUAUCGUCCAAAUCGUGCUCGGCGUGCUGGUUGUAGUGUCUAAGAACAACGAUUUGACAUUUGGCAGUGUGAUACAGACACUGAUUGUGCCGGGACUGUCCUUCUUCAACGCUGUUCCUUCGGCUCAUCUGCAUAUACUCGCGCGGUCGAACGUGCCUAAGAUGGCAAUAUGUUUCUCGAUUCCCCUCUCCCUAAUCUAUUUCGCCUCUUCCAUAACCUACCUCGCCUCAUCCUGCUUCACCAAGUCGUCAAUCACCGAUGAUUCCUCACUCCACAAGAACGAAUGCCCCACACUUUCGACCCGCACGAUCUGGGACAUCAACGUUGCCUUGCAACUCGUGAGCGCGCUACUCUACGCACUCCACGCCGCUAUGGCGAUCAAGGUUCACCUGUACCAGAAGCAUAGGUCCAAAGCGAUCGAGCAAGGUACGCUGGUCGAGGAGGUGGAUCUGGAUGCGAAGGCGAGGAUGGAGCAGGAGGCGAGGGACCGGUGGCAGCGGAUUGUUGACUUGUAG